UGGCUCCGGUUCGACGUAGACCAACGCUUCCCCUCCGACAGCUCCUGGGCCCUGUGUCCACUGUCCUUUUGAAAGCCGUGCUCUGAUUGGCCAAAUUCCGAGCCCUCUUCCGUCGUUCCCCACACUGGCCAAUUGGCACCCGUGUUGCAUGAGACGGUGCACCAGAGAGGGGGAGGUGGCGGCCAUUUUGAGUCGCUGCCGCCGCCAUUGGAGUGUACCCCCCCUUUCCCCCCUUUGCCUCCUGACGGGAAAGGUUUAAGGGAGACAGAGCCCUGGGAGGCCGGGCCGGGCUCGGGGGCCGCCCCGGGGGCCCGGGCCAUGGAUGUGCGCCGUCUGAAGGUGAACGAACUUCGCGAGGAGCUGCAGCGCCGCGGCCUGGACACUCGCGGCCUGAAGGCCGAGCUUGCUGAGCGGCUGCAGGCAGCGCUGGAGGCCGAGGACCCCGACGACGAGCGGGAGCUCGAGGCCGACGACGAGCCGGGGCAACCCGGCCACAACAACGAGGAGGUCGAGACUGAGGGGGGCUCCGAGCUGGAGGGGACCGCGCAGCCACCGCCGCCCGGGCUGCAGCCGCACCCGGAGCCCGGCGGCUACUCGGGGCCGGACGGACAUUAUGUCAUGGACAAUAUUACCAGGCAGAACCAAUUCUUUGAGACCCAGAUCAUCAAGCAAGAAAAUGAGUCAGGCUACGAUAGGAGACCACUAGACAUGGAGCCACUGCAACAGGCCUAUCGCCCAGAAGUGAAGACAGAGAUGAAGCAAGAAGCACCCCCCAGCUUCCUCCCACCUGGAGCUUCUCAACACAAGCCAGACAGACAGCAAUUCCAGAGUCGAAAGAGGCCUUAUGAAGAAAACCGAGGACGUGGAUAUUUUGAGCACCGGGAGGACAGGAGGGGCCGUUCUCCUCAGCCUCCUGCUGAAGAAGAUGAAGAUGACUUCGAUGACACCCUUGUUGCCAUCGACACAUAUAACUGUGACCUGCACUUCAAGGUAGCCCGAGACCGGAGUAGUGGCUAUCCACUCACAAUUGAGGGUUUUGCAUACCUGUGGUCAGGAGCCCGUGCCAGCUAUGGAGUCAGAAGAGGCCGUGUGUGUUUUGAGAUGAAGAUCAAUGAGGAAAUCUCUGUGAAGCACCUUCCAUCUACAGAGCCUGACCCCCACGUUGUACGUAUUGGCUGGUCCCUGGACUCUUGCAGCACCCAACUAGGCGAAGAGCCUUUCUCCUAUGGCUAUGGAGGCACAGGGAAGAAGUCCACCAAUAGCCGAUUUGAGAACUACGGAGACAAGUUUGCAGAGAAUGAUGUGAUUGGCUGCUUUGCUGACUUCGAAUGUGGAAAUGAUGUGGAACUUUCCUUUACCAAGAACGGGAAGUGGAUGGGCAUUGCCUUCCGAAUCCAGAAGGAAGCCUUGGGGGGUCAGGCCCUCUACCCUCAUGUUCUGGUGAAGAAUUGUGCUGUAGAGUUCAACUUCGGACAGAGAGCAGAACCCUACUGUUCUGUCCUGCCAGGGUUUACUUUCAUCCAGCACCUUCCCCUUAGUGAGCGGAUCCGAGGCACCAUUGGACCAAAGAGCAAAGCAGAGUGUGAGAUUCUGAUGAUGGUGGGCCUGCCUGCUGCUGGCAAGACUACAUGGGCCAUUAAACAUGCAGCUUCCAAUCCUUCCAAGAAGUACAACAUACUGGGUACCAAUGCUAUCAUGGAUAAGAUGCGGGUGAUGGGCCUGCGCCGGCAGCGGAACUAUGCUGGCCGCUGGGAUGUCCUGAUCCAGCAGGCCACCCAGUGCCUCAACCGCCUCAUCCAGAUUGCUGCCCGCAAGAAACGCAACUACAUCCUAGAUCAGACAAAUGUUUAUGGGUCAGCCCAGAGACGAAAAAUGAGACCUUUUGAAGGUUUCCAGCGCAAAGCUAUUGUAAUUUGCCCUACUGAUGAGGACCUGAAAGACCGAACAAUAAAGCGAACCGACGAGGAAGGGAAGGAUGUCCCAGAUCAUGCGGUCUUAGAAAUGAAAGCCAACUUCACGUUGCCUGAUGUAGGUGACUUCCUAGAUGAGGUUCUUUUCAUUGAGCUUCAGCGGGAAGAAGCAGACAAGCUGGUGAGGCAGUACAAUGAGGAAGGCCGCAAGGCUGGGCCACCCCCUGAAAAGCGCUUUGACAACCGAGGAGGUGGCUUCCGAGGCCGUGGGGGUGGCGGCGGUUUCCAGCGCUAUGACAACCGGGGUCCCCCUGGAGGCAACCGAGGUGGCUUCCAGAAUCGAGGAGGAGGAAGUGGUGGAGGAACUAACUACCGAGGAGGUUUUAACCGAAGUGGAGGCGGCGGCUACAACCAGAACCGCUGGGGUAACAACAACCGGGAUAACAACAACUCUAACAACCGAGGCAGCUACAGCCGGGCCCCCCAGCAACAGCCACCACCACAGCAACCGCCGCCACCACAGCCACCACCACAGCAACCACCACCACCACCCAGCUAUAGCCCUGCUCGGAACCCCCCAGGGGCCAGCAGCUAUAACAAGAACAGCAACAUCCCUGGCUCAGGCGCCAAUACCAGCACCCCCACUGUCAGCAGCUACAGCCCUCCACAGCCCAGUUACACCCAGCCACCCUACAGCCAGGGAGGUUACAGCCAGGGCUACACAGCCCCACCACCUCCACCUCCACCACCACCUGCCUACAACUAUGGAAGCUAUGGUGGCUACAACCCGGCUCCAUAUACCCCACCACCGCCCCCCACUGCACAGACCUACCCUCAGCCCAGCUAUAACCAGUAUCAGCAGUAUGCUCAGCAGUGGAACCAAUACUAUCAGAACCAGAGCCAGUGGCCACCAUACUACGGGAACUACGACUACGGGAGCUAUUCCGGCAGCACACAGGGUGGCACAAGCACACAGUAGCCAGUGUGUCCUGACGCUCCCGAAGGCCCCUGCCGGCUUCCUCCACCAGCGCCUACCUUGGCCCCUCCUCUACCCCCACCGGGUCCUUGGUGCUGGGGUUGGGGUCAUCCCAGGGCUGCUUCCCUUCAGCCCACUGCCUCCCCUCUGAGGGGCUUCUUCCCACACACAGGCCAGGCAUUUUUCUCUGAAUUUAAACAGGCCACAAUGACCUUUUAUUUUCUGUUUGUCCCUUCCACGUCCCACCUCUUCUUCCUUCUCAUCUCCAUUUUAACUAAGGAAACCCUCUCUCUUUUGUCAUGUUGAGGCUGCAGUGACUGAAGGGAAGACCUUUUCCUGUUUGGUCUUCCCAACCCUGCUCUGGUCCCUCAGCUUCCCAGGCCCUCUUGCAGUUGGUUAUAAAUUCUCCCAGGAGCUGUUUUACUGUCUUACUUUCAGGAUUUAAAAAAAAAAAAAAAAAAAAAAAAAAAAAAAAAUCAAAAAACUUUUUUAAAAAAAAGUUUUAAAAGCAAAAUGCAGAGGGAGGAAGCAGUGACACUUUUUUUGGUAAUUAUGCUUUUUUUUUUAAUUUUUAGAAUUUGUCUGUUUUUACUGUCAGUCCACCAUUGAUACUUUGUCAGAAUAACUGUUUCUUUGCUGAGUUCAGGUGACUGGGAAAGAGCCACACCCCCAAAACAAAACACACACAAAACCACAGAAUCAUCUUUAACCUAACUUUUAUAUGAUGUCUCAAUUCCCCAUAACUUUGCACACAAGCUUCUGUGUUCAGUUGAAUUGUAACUGCUUUUUGUAUUUGGAGAGAGUGUGACUAUUGAACUUGAAACCUUUUAUUCCAGGCGUCUUGGUAGUUUCUGGUGGGAUUAAGUGGGUGAAAGGUGGGGGUUCAUCUGCUUUAGAAUACGGAAUUUACCGUAUAACCUAAAACCCCAGUGUACCCUCUCGGGGGCUCUCCCAGGGGCCAGAUCUCAGUUUUUCCUACCAUGAUCCUCUGAUGAUUACUUCCCUUUGACCCAAUUGUUUUAACAGGAUUUUAACAAACUGCACUUACUAAAAAAUGUGUUUGCCCUGUUUUGUUUUCUUUCAAUAAAUGACAUGGCACCUCCUUGUAGGAAGGAAGCAGGGUUGAAA